CCGAUAGGCUUCGGCUGUGAUACCCACAGGCAGUGGUCGGCGACUUGGCUCGUCGCCUAUGGAAUAUGGACGAGCUUGAUCAUCUCGAUCAUUGUUGUGGAUCAGGUUUUCUGCGGAUGAUGGAUAUUCCAGGAAUCCAGGUGUUUGUAAUUACAACUCGGAAGGAAAUACGUCCGUACAGUGUUGCACUGCUCCCGUAUCCGUCUUCAGACGGUGCUCGAGGGACUGGAGUGGGGGCUCCUGUUGAUGACGGAAGGUCGCAGGCCGGUGCAGGAGGAGAACCCUGUUAUGGGCUGUCGUUCCGAGGGAGAUAAAGCGAAUCGCUUGUUGUGAGAUCAGGUCAGACGCACUGAUAGGUCGCCAGUCUCCCACAGACGUUGAGGAAACGCCUUCGGACAGUCCUAUUGAUGGCACCCAGCUCCUUCAGUCCCCAACCGCAAAUCCCGUUUGCUGAGAAGCACACUAUAAGGUAGUAGGCCAUGGAUAAAUCUCAUCUAACAGCCAGUGGGCAUGAGAACCACCACGGGCGGUCGAGCCCAGCGGGUGAAGCCCAACCUGAAGCUGAAGGACACGAAGAGUUUCUCUCUACUCACCUGCCGUCCCGCCCUGUCACGCCAAUGGGUCCGGAAAGAGAUACGCGGGCAUCUCAUCGCAAGCCUCGCAAGAUUGUGUUGUGUUUUGACGGGACAGGAAACAAAUUCCAUGGCGAUGACAGCGACAGCAACAUCCUGAAGAUAUUUCGAAUGCUGAACAGGACUGCAAGCGAUCAGUAUCACUACUAUCAACCUGGAAUCGGCACCUAUGUUGUGUCCAACAGCCUAAGCCACACGAGCACCGUGGCCAGGAUCAAGUCAUGGUACAUGAAGGCCAAGGACUCGGCGGUAGGCUCAUCGUUUGAUCAACAUGUUGUCGGGGGCUAUCGCUUUCUGAUGCGUUUCUACAACCCGGGCGACGAAAUCUACAUCUUUGGAUUUUCCCGUGGCGCGUACAUUGCUCGGUUUCUCGCAGAAAUGCUUGACUAUGUCGGACUGUUGUCGCACGGCAAUGAAGAGAUGGUCUCGUUUGCCUGGAAGGCCUUCUCAAACUGGCAGAGCCGCCAGGGCAGCACAACCCCUGAAGGAAUAAAGAAAAAGAAAGAAAUGUAUGCCUUCUUGAAGGGGUUUCGAGAGACCUUUUCACGCCCGGUUCGGCGGAUCCGAUUCCUUGGCCUCUUCGACACAGUCAACAGCGUGCCUCGCUUCGAGACGGCAUGGAUGGAGCGAAGCAAGUUCCCCUAUACGGCGCGCACCUCGGCAAAGGUCAUCCGCCACGCCGUCAGCAUCGACGAGCGCCGCGCCAAGUUCCGCCAGGACCUCAUCUACCAGAGCGAUCGUGGCAAGAAGGAUAAGCAGCACAAGUCGGUUCAUGAGAUGCUGCACGAGGCGCACGAGAAGUAUCGCAGGAAACCACACGGUGCGCCACCGAUCAACGGUGCCGUCGACAACACCAGACUGAGCAGAGAACACCCGGACGUAGACCGUGGUCGGCGGGGAAGAUUGGAGGUGCCGGACGACACCGAACCGUACCGUACCCGCUCGCACUCGACCCGGUCUCGCAAGACGCACGCGACCGACGACCACGACCACGACCACGGCGACGCAAAAUCCGACGUUGCCCCUCAUCCGCACGACGACGAUCUGGACUCGCUGCCGGAAUCCGAGGACGAGACCAAGCAGGACAUUGACGAGGUCUGGUUUGCGGGCGGUCACGCCGACAUUGGCGGCGGAUGGGAGAUGCUUUCCGACUCCAAAGCGGCGAGCCACGUGCCCCUGGUGUGGAUGGUGCACGAGGCAAUGAAGGCCGGGUUGCACUUUGAUCUGGACAAGGUGCGCGAGAUGGGCUGCAUCGAUGCCCUCGACUGUCAAGACACCAUGGCCGCGGCGGCCAACGAUUCGGAGAAGACUGCGGGUCCGGUUUCACGUGGUACAUGUAGUUUCGAAGCGGCCGCGCGUCCUGCUAAUGGUGCUGAUCAUCCUUCGAUUCCCAACAUCAUGAUCAGGACCCCGAGCGCGGGCACGCCGAAGCUGUUCCAGGGGUCAAAGUUCAGCGACUCGCUUGACCCGAAUGAGGGAGCUACCACGUCUCACAAUAGCCAGAGUGGAGGAGACCAGCAUCGCCCCCUCUCCUUUAAGGAAAUGAUGCACAAGGCCCAUUGCGCUCGCAUUCACGACUCGCUCGAGUUUGACUGCGGCUUAAGCUGGGGUUCGGUGAUGGCCUGGAAGAUAAUGGAAUACCUCCCCUUCCGGCGCAUGGAUCUGCAGGAGGACGGCUCAUGGAAGCCCAUCCGCUGGCCGCUCCCUUGCGGCGAGGUGCGGGACAUACCAGAAAACGCGCGUGUCCACGGCAGCGUAAUUCGGCGGAUGCAGUCUGACGAGAACUACAGGCCGGGCAACUUGAUCAUUGGGGGCGGUGGGAGAGGAGUCCGUCGCGCUCCCAAAGAACAUGGCAUUGGCGAAUGGAUCUGUGUGGCCAGAGAGGGAUGUCCAAUCGGUGAAAUCUGGAUGAAGAAAAGCGCCCUCGAAAAGGCACAGAACGGCCACGCGAAGGGUGCAAAGGAGAAGCAGUGACUAAGGUACCUACCUAGGUACCUAGGUAGGCAGCUUGCCGGUCGCGCUUGCCGCUGCCCUGUCACGGCGAAGGCAGAGCAGGUGGAUUCAGGGACGGAAAAGGUGAGGAAGGAAGUAACGGGUUAGGCUCCCGUGCGACAAUAAACUAUAUGCCGUAGAAGAGAGCGUUAGAAGAGACGAAGAGCGGUAAUGCCAGGGCUUUGUGGAGGGCCCGGUCCAAGUUCUGAUGAUCAUCCUCAUAAUAUAUUCUGCAAAUUUUUAAAGGAGAUGAGCUUACUCCGUAUGUAUACAAAGAUCAGUGUACUUAGUCUCGAUCAUGCAGCAACGACUCUAAGGCUGUUGGAAGAUAAUUUGUACAUAGGUACCUUAUUUUACAACAUACUUCGGCACAUAUUCAGAUGG